CUCCGCGGGGGGGUGAAGGGCUGAGGCGAGGCGGCGCCUCGGGCAAGGCGCGGCGCUCGCCUCGGGGCGCAGAGGGCGGCUGCCGCCUCCCGCCGCGGGGAUGAGCGCCUCGGCGGCCACCGGCGUCUUCGUCCUCUCGCUCACCGCCAUCCCCGUCACGUACCUCUUCAACUGCUUGGCGGCCGGCGGCAGUUCCUGGGUAAUUGUUGCAGUUGGAUUGCUGGUUCUGGUUUUUAUUGCUCUGUUGGCUCGUGUUCUUGUCAAAAGAAAACCACCAAAAGACCCGCUGUUUUAUGUUUAUGCUGUAUUUGCCUUUACCAGUGUAGUGAAUCUAAUAAUUGGACUGGAGCAGGAUGGAAUUAUUGAUGGAUUCAUGACUCAUUACUUGAGAGAGGGUGAACCAUAUCUCAACACUGCAUAUGGCCACGUGAUCUGCUAUUGGGAUGGCUCUGUUCAUUAUCUGAUGUAUCUGUUGAUGGUGGCAGCUAUUGCAUGGGAACAAAGCUAUAGAACCAUUGGCCUCUACUGGCUAGGUUCCAUUAUCAUGAGCAUCAUUGUCUUUAUGCCUGGAAACAUUGUGGGCAAAUAUGGAACAAAAGUGUGUCCUGCUUUUUUCCUAAGUGUACCAUAUAUUUGCCUUCCCAUAUGGGCUGGGUUCCGAAUUUAUAACCAACCUUCAGUGACUCACGAUACUCCAGUCAAGGUGGUUCAAGAAGUCCAGAAGAAAGGACUCUUAAGACGACCAAUAGAUUUAAUGUUAGCUGCAUACCUCAUUCUAGCAACGGGGUUUUGCAUAUUUAGGGGCAUGAUUGCUCUGGAUUGCCCUGCUGAACUCUGCCGGCUAUAUAUUCAACUUCAUGAGCCUUAUAUAAAAGAUCCUGCUGCCUAUCCUAAGCUUCAGAUGCUGGCAUACAUGUUCUACUCUGUGCCAUACUAUGUGAUUGCUCUGUAUGGCCUACUGGUGCCUGGUUGCUCCUGGAUGCCUGAUAUAACCCUUAUACAUGCUGGAGGACUAGCUCAGGAUCCGGAGGAAAACAUGAAAAGAAGACAUUUUAACAUCCCUGCACUAGCAGUUUGCUGCCUACGCUCUCUCCCCCCUCUGGCCCAUCCUACCUGCUGUGUGUGAUGCCACGGCUAUAGUGGACUAUGCUUCUCUAUCCAAGAGGGAAAGAGCGUACGAGUGCCCACACAGCAGUCUGGGAUCCCAGUCUGGUUGCUGCACCUCUGAACUAAGGGCCGUGUUUGUUCAGUGCGGUUCUUCUCUCCUACGACAAGGGCUUUGCCAACAGUAAGUAAUGGAAACCUGCACUUUCCGUGUGGGAGGUCCUGGUACGUCCUGACUAAUGACACAUGAUAAGGGGUUAUUAUAAAAACCUCAUGCAUGUAAUGAUGGCUUGCAGGAACUGCCUGAGCCCUGCCUCCCCCCAAAAGCUGUAACAAUGCACUGCUCAUCCAGAGCACCACACUUCCAUUGACCUCUCUCCUGUUUAAGAGUCAAUGAGAUUGUACUUACAGAUGCUUUGGAGACGUGGCUUGGAGGGAUUCACUGCCGUUUCUUUCCCUUCAGAGGGAAGUGCAGACACCCAUUAAAACAACUACAAAUGAUUAGUCAAUCAAA